AGAGGGAGGUGAAAAUCUUUGAGUUUUGAAGAGAAAAAACAGUAACUGAAACCAAACCCAGAUUACGUUAUUAACUCUCCUUGAUGGGUAUUUAGAGGAACAAAGAAAAGGGAGGAGCGGAGGAGCCAACAAAGUAAUUCCUUUUAGGAAAGACCCACAUUGGUUUUUAAAUUUUUCCUUUUUUUUUUGUUUGGCUGCUGAAAUUUCUUUUCUUUCUGGCAAUAAUGGUUGCAAGAACCCCACCAAAGCAAAGGAAAAUCAUGGUGGCUCCUCUUAAUCCUGUCCUACUCAGAGAAACUGUAAAGAAGGUGGAGCAAUGUAUGGCAAGGUUGCAAGAGUUGCAGUACACAGUAGCAGGAGGGACAAAGGUGAUAUCAGGGGUGAGUCUAAGUCCUAGGAGUACUCGGGGUUACUUGAGGACUAGUCUCAGGUGCAAGCAGGAGUCUUUGAGGAUCAAGAAUGCUACUCCAAGGAAAUCUCUAGUUGGGAAGUUUCCAGCCAGUGCAGGAGGUGAAUGGAGGAGGAUGUCAUUGCCAGCAAUGCUAGUAGGAGAAACAGUGGGAGAAAUCCUUCAAGCAAGUCAGUUUGCGAGAGAGAUUCUAGCAGCAGUUGAUGACAAAACCAAGAAGAAGACAGGUGUUGCUGAGGAUCCAAAAACUCCACUGACUGAACAUACAAAGCGAAGAGCACAGCCUGAAAACACUGAACUCAGAGCCAGAAGAAAGAAGGAGAAACAGAACAAACUACAACUGAUUCGAACAGAAUCCGACUCUCCCUCUCUUCAAAGGGCUCGUUCCAGGAUCAACUUCAAGGUUUCUUCUCCUCCCAAAUUCAGGGAAUUUGAUAAGGAAAACAACAGACAUAUGGCCAACAGGGUGUCACCAAGGAAUAGGCCAUGGGCUAAAAAGGCUGUUUUAUUCCCAAACCCUUUGUUCAGUUCAACACCAGCUUCACAGCAACAGAAGUUCUGCAAGACAAGGUCCCCAGUGAUUGCAAGAAACAGACAAGCUCAAACUCCACAUAAAUUCUUGAUCAAGUCCCCUCCAUCAGCUUCCAAGUUUCAAGUCAAGAUCAAGAGCCCACCCGUGGUUUCUCUUUCUCCGACGAGAUCAACAAACAUUAGCAAGAGGUCACCAAAGCUAUCAGCUGCUUCAAAGCUGCGCAGAUCUUUUUCGCCUUCACGUUUGGCAAACAGAUUAGUGUCUCCAUUGAAGAGCAGAAAAAGCUUUCAGAAAAGUGAUGGACCAAUGAGUGGACUGAAGCAGCGUCCAGUCUUACUGCCCAUACGAUUCUCGACUGGGAGAAUUUAAGGGUCAUGAACUUUCUUUGAUUUAUCAGUAUGGCUUGAAGCAAACUGUUUGAAGAUAUUCUUUCACAAUGUCCAUAAUAGAUUUCCUUACAUGGUUGUGAAUUGGUUGAUUUAUCGGUAUAGUUUUCCUUACAUGCUUUCUACAAUGUCCAAAGUUGAUUUUUGUUACAUGUUUGUGAAUUUUAUCUCUCCAUUUCAUAUAAAUUGAUCUAAAGGUCUUCAGUUA